AUGUCGCUCCUCCGUGUCGCCGCCGUGCGCGCCGCCGCCCCCCUCUCCGCCCGCGCCGCCUCGACCUCGGCCGUCCACGUCGUCUCGUCGCGCUCCAACGACGGCCCCGCUCUUGCCAACAUCGAGGCUUCGUGGGCUACCCUCCCCGCAUCCGAGCAGCUCGAGGUCUACCAGCAGCUCGAGCAGGUCCAGAAGCAGGACUGGAAGCAGCUCUCGACUGACGAGAAGAAGGCUGCCUACUACGUCUCGUUCGGCCCCCACGGCCCCCGCACCCCCGUCAACCCCCCCGGCACCGGUAUCAAGGUCUUCGCCGGUACCCUCGGCGCCGUCGCCCUCGCCCUUGGCCUCUUCGGCCUCGCCCGCGCACGUGCCCCUGCUCCCCCUGCUACCUGGAGCCGCGAAUACCAGGAGGAGUCGACCGAGUACCUCAAGAAGCAGCGCUCCAACCCUAUCUCGGGUAUCGCCUCGGAGGGUUACAAGGGCAAGGGUAUGGUCAUGGUCGACAACUAA